CGCAGCGGACGGAGUUCGGUCCGUGUGAAAGUCGGGAUUGGGGUGUUUCGGUGUUUAUCAGCAGAAACUUGAGGAAACUGGACUUUAAAUAAUCAGUUCAUCUGGAUAAACUCUGCUAAUCGGAGUGAAAUCAAGAGGUUUAGAAGAAUCUGGAGUAAAACUGAUCCGGACUGUUCGGUCGCACCUGCUGAUCCGAAUUCUGAGUGGUUCUAUUGAGGAAGAUCUGAAUCCAGUCUGAUCCAGGUCCUCCUCACCGUACCUGAGCGAUGUUUGAAAAGCAGCCGUACGACAGCCCCCCCAUGUACAGCCCUCCGUCCAACGGAUUUGGGCCCCCGGGCAGCUUCCAGCCCCCACGGACUGACGUGGACGAUUACCCUCCCCCUCCUGGCUCAUAUUUUGUAGGCGAAGAAAUCCCCCAGAACUUCUACAAAUGGUCCUCACCUCCCGGCAUCGUCAAGAUCAUGGAAGGAGCUAUUGUGGUCUUGUGCUUGGGAAUUUUCGCCUGUGUUGCGUCCACGCUGGUCUGGGAUAUGCAGUACGGCUACGGGUACGGAUCCGGGCUCGGAAUGGGAUACGGUACUGGCUAUGGUUCCGGGCUCGGAUACGGAAGCUAUGGCUAUGGAGGCAUUGGUUCUAGCUACUACGGCAGUGGAUACUACAAUUACCCAACGCCCUACACCGCCAAGACCGCCAUGAUCGCAAUGGCGGCCAUCAACUUCAUCGUGGCCUUAGCCUUGUUCGUGGCCAGCUUCUCCAAAACGAGGACGAUGAGAAGCAGGAAGUUCUACCUGGCUGUGCUCGUGUGCAGCAUCGUUCUAGCCGUGCUGCAGGGCAUCAUAAACAUCGUCUACAUCGUGGGUGUGAACCCCAUGGCACAGAGCUCCUCCAGCAUGCUCUACAACCCCAUGCUGAUGAUGUGCCAGAGCCUGUAUGGGAACAGUGUGUCGGGAAUGGGAGCGGGAUUCCCAAUGUACAACCAGUACCUCUACCACUACUGCUUCGUGGAUCCACAGGAGGCGGUGGCGAUGGUGUGCGGGUUUUUGGUGGUGAUCGCUCUCGCCGUGGCUGCGUUCUUCUCCUACAAGACGAGGAGUAAAAUCUGGCGCUACGGAAAACCCAACAUUUACUGGGACGAGCCGCUGACUGGGGGGACGGAGGGCCGCGACGUGGAGGACUGGGUUAACAACGUAGAGGAGGGUCAGAGUAUGCGCGAGCCAUCAGUGAUGUUUUCAGAAAAAGGAGCCCCGCCCCUCAACAAGUCUCAGUCUCAGAGUGUGAGCUCCAUCCCCCCAAAGAGCCCAGGGGGCUUCAGCAGCGACCCCUACACCCCGCCGGCAUAUUCUGACCGUUUGUUGGGUCGCGCAUAUGAGCCAGGGUCUCCAGCAGGUGGCACUAGCUCCAGCCCCUCAGACCGAACAGACGGUGUGAGGAAGCCUUCGGCAAAUCGCGGAAAACGGCGCCGGAGAAACCCUGAGAUGGACGAGUCCCAGUAUGAGACGGAAUACACCACGGGCGGAGAGACUUCAAACGAGCUGGACCAGGACUACUGGAUGAGCAUUUACCCAGAGAUCACAUCAGACGGACAGCGGCAGGAGUACAAGCGUGAGUUUGAUGCGGACCUGCGGAGGUACAAACAGAUCUGCGCGGAGAUGGACGACAUCAACGAUGAGUUAAACAAGCUGAGCCGAGAGCUGGACACGCUGGACGAGGGCACGACCAAGUACCAGGCGGUGGCAGAGGAAUUUAACCGGAUAAAGGAUAUGAAACGGAUGCCGGACUAUCAGGACAAGAAGCUGCAGUGUCGCCAGCUACGCCACAAGCUCUUCCACAUCAAGCGCAUGGUGAAAAAUUACGACUGAGCCCAGUCCUAAAACCUAAAACACCCCCCCGUUCUCUCCAGCACUCCUGGAUCCAAAAAACGAGGACUGUAGGCCUCGCCAAAAAGCCUGUGUGUGUGUAUGUGACUGUACAGCUUUCUGGAUCAGAACAUGCUCUUUCUGCAGCCUCGCCCUUCGCUAAUCAUUAACCGGCACCUGGGGGACUCACAGAUCAUAAACCAGACUGCACCUCUCACCUUUGUGAAGUUAUUCUCUCUGCUGGGAAUAGUUUUUUCCUGCUGUUCAGAAACUGCUGCUUGAUUUUCCUGCUGCUGCUAAAGGCCCACUAAAGGCCCAGUGGCUUUUCCUGCUUUCACUGUGCAACAAGACCUCACCUAGGGAGGAAUGAUGAAGCUGCAAGGUCCACUAAAGCCCCACCAAACUAAAGCCACAACAUCUUAAAGCCCUAAAGCUCUAGAGGGUGAGGUCCUAAUAGCGUAACAUCCCCCUCUAGUGUCUGGAUUCAGCCCAGCUCUCACCACACCACUCAUCUCCUCAUCACUCACCACAGACAUUAGCACAGUGUCUUUCUACUGACUCACUGUGGGGACUAGAUAUGGGUUUGUUUGUUUUUUUGUUUUUUCGUUUCUCGCCAAUUUGGAAGACCAAUUACUCAAUCCCCCUUCAUAUGUUAUCACCUAUCACUUGUAAUUCUGCCAACACUGGGAGGUUAAGGACGAGCAAACACUUUCUCUGAUACAAGUAAAAUCAGACUCUGCCUCUCGGAUGAACGCAAUGAAUCCAAAGCUUUGAUACUUCAGCCAACAGAUGCCUGUGCCAGCCAUCACAAUGGAAGUGACGAGAGGAGAUAUAACCAUCUACCUACCCAAAGAGGGCAUGACCAACUGUACUCUCUCGGACUCCGGUAGCUGAUGGAGAAAAGGAGAAGCAGGGUGAUUUUUGCGUAGUCUAAUUAUAUAAUAGAAUUGCUCUAUUUUUUGUCCCAGUAAUCUAUCCAUGUCCAAAAAUAUUGUCACAAUACUUUUUUUUUCACAUAAACCAACCGUUAAAUACAGUUAAAAUAAUUAUUUGAAUGAAUAAUCAGAGUACAUUCUGUUUUAAAGACUGAUUUCCUUUUCCAAUUUAAGUCUGAAUUCCACAGUAAACCACUUCAUUUUUAUGUAAAGUGUCAUCAUGUUUAAUAGUUCCCAAUAUAUUUAAAACUACAUAUUUUAAAAUACAUUUGGUAUACAAACAGUAUAUUUUGAAAUAUAUUUUAUUGAAAUACGUGUCAAUAAAAUGUGACAUAGUGUAAUCUAGUCUAUUACCAGGAUCAUGAGUCGCACACUUUAAAUAUGAUUACAGUGGCAAGUGUACAGAUGGGAAUGUUGGUAUUUUCAGUAUGAAUCACUCAUAUUUGGCACUAAUAUUCAUCCUGCUGAGGUAGCGGGCCUGGUCCGUUCUGUUCUGUGGUGGUGCCAGGCCGUUGAACUGCCCCGUGAGGAAGUGGAGCACGGUGUGGUACGGGUGUGGGCAAUGUCAUCUACUCUGAUAAGCCUGUGAUACUCUGACUGUUUGUUUGUUUGUGAUAUGGCUGGAAAUGAACUUUGGUUUGAGCUGGGUGAUAAAAGCAGUGAGUAACCCGCCCGAAGUGAGAAACGCUGUGAUAUGUGACAGAGAGUGUGUGUGUGUGUGUGUGUGUGUGUUCUCUUGCUGCCGUCAUUGUUGCAGGCAGUGCCAACAUGCCUUAAGUGUUCUUCAGAUAAGAAUAUAAAAAAUUAUCCAGCAGGCAGAAUUCAACAUUAAUCAUGUUAGCUUUUUCAUUGCUAAUAUGACACAAGACAGUAUAUCCACGGAUCCUUACAAAUCUUUAAUUAAUUUAGCAAAAAAUAUUUACAGUGUUUUCUAAAAUGUCCUCAAUCACUUCCUGAAGGUCUUAAAAUGCCAAAAACAUUAAGGACAAUUCUGUUUUUGUUUUCCAUGCAAGUUAGCAAACACAUUUAACUGCAGUCUGAAUUAAGACGAUACUGUAGAUCCUGGGAUCUAAAUUUAACAAAAAACUGUUUGAUAAACCAAGUUUUUCACUGUUUUCAGUGUAAGAUAUUAGUACAGAAAUACAUAAAUUUUAAAAAUACCGUAAAGUCUCUAAAGCUAACAUUAGGGAUGUGUUUUUAAUAAUUUUCUCAUGGCAAAAUUGGUCUUAAUUUAGUCUUUAAGUGUUUUUAAGAAGUUUUUAAGUUUUUAAUAAUCCUACAAUUAAAUCGGCAGUUAGCUUUAGCUAAUUAUGCAACUUUUAAGAAAAUAAAGCAGCCUAUGUUUUUAAACUUAAGCUAACAUAGCUAAUAAAGCUAGCAAAUAAAAGCUUACACCUGCCAAUUAGCACAGUGCUAACUCAUUCCUUUAACAGCUAUAGCUAAUGUACCUAACAAACAAUAGAUAUUUAUACCCCACAAGUUAGCUUUGUGCUAACUACUAGUCUGAAACAUGACACACUUUCCUCAGAAUGUGUGGAGGUGUUCAGUAAUUCUAUAUCUCUAAUUUAGCCUUUAUUGCGCAGUUUCAGACACUGUGUUACUCACUGUUCUCUGAUUAGCACAGAUUUGUUUUUGUUUUGGAUAACAGUGAGUUGUAAAAUGUCAGAAACCACAUAAUUAAGUCUGUAUUAGAUAUUACUAAACACCUUCACAUGUUCUGAAAAGAGUCUCGUCUUUCAGACAUGUAUGUAGUUAGUUAGCUCAAUGCUAACUGAAGGGAUAUAAGCGUCUGCUGUUAGCUAGCAAAAUUAGCUAGCAGUGUUAGCUCUAGUUCUAAUAUGAAGGCUAUUUUAGUUGCUAAAAACUAGCUUGAACUUUGCUGCUGCAUCUUAACAAGCAAAACAAAAUGCCAAUAACAGCUAAAAACAGCUCAUAUGAUCUUGUCAAACAGUUAAUUUCACUAGAAUAAGAAAUUAUAAAACAGAAGAUGACUUUAAAAAGAAGAGUCACAAAGAAAAAACGUGCAUUUCAAAAGAACAGCAGUAUGUUCAUAUUGAUUAAUGCACUGAAAUUUACAAAGUCACAAAAUGUUAUGCAAAAUAUGUUCUAUACUAUAUUUGGUCAGAAUGGAGUUUUAAAUAAUACACAUUAAUUAAUUUAACAGACACAAGUGCCACAAUUAACAGAUUAGUGACCGGUAUGUGUAAAAAUGUAUGUUGUAGAAAAAGUCGCUAAAAUUGUCAAUAGUCUUUUUUUUUUUUUUAAAUAGACUCUGAAAAAUGGCUAAAUCUAGUAAAAAAAAAAGUGCUAAAUUGGCAACACUGGCCAUCACACAUGUAGAACCUCUGCUGGCUGGUUGCAGUAUGAUCUGUAGCUCCGCCCAGCCCCAUAUAUUUCAAUUGCAAAACAGCUCCGCCCAUUUCCAUCUCAUUUUUCUCCUCUAAACUGUCUUUCCAUCUCUGGUGUCUAAUUCCAGCAGUAAGCAUUCCCUGUGCUAACAAUGCCACAUUUUAAUUUCCCCCAGUAAUCUGUUUUUAAACCUUUUUUGGGAUUUAAUACUGAUGCCUGAAGCCAAGCUAUUUUUUAAAGACUGAACAAACAUGACUGUGGUUGAAUUAUUAUUAUUUUUUUCAUCUCUACUGUCUGUAAUCAAUACUGAUGUAGCUCUUAAUCGUUUCAUCUCAUUGUAUUUGAUUGAUGUUGAUAUGAAAAUGUUUGAGUAAUCACUGCCCUUUAUUUCAGUACUAAUCACAAGUCUAUGCAAGAUCAUUUUUUUGCGUUUAUUUUGUUGUUUAUUUGUUUAUUGACUUACGUUAGGGUUUAUUCACAUGCUUUGUUUGUUUUUUGUAUUUUGUAAAAACUAUAUCCUAAAGGGCGUUUGUACAUUGUUAAUCAGUGUUUUGUUUUUUGUUAUUGUUUUUUUUUUUUCUUUAUUCCCAAUUUUUUCAUGUCACACACAUGCGUACUGAAAAUGAUUUAUGCUUUUUUUGUAUCUUUCCAAAUAAAUUAAGUUUGUAUUUUAA